AUGGCACGACACGGCACGGGGACGCUGGUCUUGGCCAACGGACUGGGCUUCCCACCCAAUAAUGUGGCCCGUGUGGUGGUGUGGGAGUGGCUGAAUGAGCAUGGACGCUGGCGGCCCUACACGGCUGCCGUCUGCCAUCACAUCGAGAAUGUUCUGAAAGAGGAUGCCCGCGGGAGCGUGGUUCUGGGGCAGGUGGAUGCCCAGCUGUCUCCGUACAUCAUUGACCUGCAAUCCAUGCAUCAGUUCCGACAGGACACAGGGACGAUGCGUCCGGUGCGAAGGAACUUUUAUGACCCUUCCUCUGCUCCUGGGAAGGGGAUCGUAUGGGAAUGGGAAAACGAUAACAACUCCUGGACACCCUACGACAUGGACAUCUGCAUCACCAUCCAGAACGCUUAUGAGAAGCAGCACCCUUGGCUGGAUCUGUCCUCUCUGGGAUUUUGCUACUUGAUCUAUUUCAAUAGCAUGUCUCAGGUGAAUCGCCAGACACAACGGAAGCGCCGGCUCCGGCGACGCAUGGACUUGGCUUAUCCACUGACCAUGGGCUCCAUCCCCAAGUCCCAGUCCUGGCCUGUGGGUACCAACUCUGGGCAUCCUUGUUCAUGCCAGCAGUGCCUGCUGGUCAACAGCACCCGAGCAGCCUCUAAUGCCAUCCUUGCCUCACAGCGGAGGAAGGUGUAUUCGGGCAACAGCAAUGGGACACUGGCAGUUCGUCAGAGCAAUACAUUCAAUGGGACUGCGCUGUGGUCUUUGGGCACUACUCCGGGUGGUGGGACGGCCAAGAUUGAACAGGUCCGCUCCUCAAAUGGUGUGCAAGUGACCACCUUCUCGCGCAGUCAGAGUGCUCCCAGCCACACACAGCUCCCUGGUCAGAACAACCUGAAUCGGCCUGGUACACAACGUGUGGCUAUCCUGAGUACCAGGGCAUCCAUCCCUCCAGGGGUUCCUGCCCUCCCAGUCAAGAACUUGAAUGGAACUGGCCCAGUCCACCCUGCCUUGGCAGGAAUGACAGGAAUCUUGAUGUGCGCUGCAGGUCUGCCCGUUUGCCUCACUCGAGCUCCAAAGCCCAUCCUGCACCCACCACCUGUCAAUAAGAGUGACAUGAAGCCAGUGCCCGGUAUCAACGGCAUUUGUCGGAAGACCAAAAAGAAACAUCUGAAAAAGAGCAAGAACCCUGAGGAUGUAGUGAGACGUUACAGCCAAAAAGUGAAGAACCCCCCUGAACAUGACAGCACAAUUCUGGAGAGGCUGGUGUCCUCAUCCGGCUAUGAGGGUAUUCUGAGGCACAAAGGCAUAAAACCAGAGCUGGUGGGGAAGUUGGGGAAAUGUGGGCACAUGUACCACCUCCUCUGCCUGGUUGCGAUGUACAAUAAUGGAAAUAAGGAUGGCAGUCUGCAGUGCCCCACCUGCAAAGCCAUCUAUGGGGAGAAGACCGGGACUCAACCGCCAGGGAAAAUGGAAUUCCAUAUUAUCCCACAUUCGCUCCCCGGCUCCCUGGACUGCAAAACCAUCCGCAUUGUGUAUGAUGUUCCUGCCGGGAUCCAGGGCCCAGAGCAUCCCAAUCCUGGGAAGAAGUUCACAGCACGAGGCUUCCCACGGCACUGUUACCUUCCUGACAAUGAGAAAGGCAGAAAGGUCCUGAAACUCUUGAUAGUUGCAUGGGAACGCCGACUCAUCUUUACCAUUGGGACGUCCAACACGACCGGCGAAUCCGACACGGUGGUGUGGAACGAGAUCCACCACAAGACCGAGUUUGGGUCCAACCUUACUGGCCAUGGGUACCCUGACCCCAACUACCUGGACAAUGUCCUGGCUGAACUGAUGGCCCAAGGGGUUUCAGAAGCCAACCUGAAGGACUGAGGAAGCAUCUUGGCCCGCUCCUUUCCUCUCUCACCCUUUGCCAUCUGCUGCGUGGAAGCGUGAACACUGCCUGCGUCUGUCUGCCUGUGUGUGUCUGUCUCUCUGCCUCUCCACCAGCACUUGGAAUAGAUCCCCCUCACUUCUCACGUUGCUUCCGCUGCCUUGACUUCAGACGAUCUUCGCACAGCAAUGCCAGGCUCAGUAGCCACAGGAGACCACGAGGAUCCACCUCUCCUGCUGGACCAGAGUUGCCAUUCUUAUCUUUAGGUUUUCCCACUGAAGGGACAGUAAAGGGAGACCACAGGAAACUGCGCAAGUGAGCAACCAACGCAAACGCUCAGUUGUUUCAUUUUUAAAAAAAUAUCCUUGGCAAUCUGCAAUAUCCCUUCUGCCCUGACUGUAAUAUAGCACAUUAAUGUGCACACAGAUGCUCUAUAUUACAUAUAUUCCGUUCUUGUACAGGAUAUCCUAUGUGAUAGAAGAGAUGUAUGAAACCAGUCACGUGGCUGUCGGUGUACCGGCCCUCACUGUCUCCCCCUAUGCUCCUCCCGUGCUCGUUCCU